AUGCUCCGGGCAAAACAUCUUCCACAGCCUCACUUCCAUCACCAACUGUCUACACAUCGAUCAUCAAAAUUCAACGACGAAAUCAACGGUAGACUCACGAAUGGACGUGGGGUUUUUCUUAUUGUUUUUUUUCCCGGUAAAAAGGCAUCCAAAGGAUCCAAGAUCAAGACCACUAAAGCUAAACCCAAUGGGAUAGCAAAAGCCAAACGAACAAAGCCCACGAAGGCGCGAGACAACAGAGCGAGCCAGUACGAUAUUAAUUUGGCUAUGUCUUCUUCGUCUGCUGCAGCUCAGGACGAUGCCACCGAAGCCAUGGACUACACGCCCGCUGAUGAUGUCUGA